AUGAAGUCGAUAAUCCUUCUUUCCUUGUUUGGCGUCAUUGUCGCCAUGAGAGAUCAAUCCAUAGCAGUAAAGGGAAAACUUCUCUGCGGAACCAAACCAGCCAGCAAUGUCCGCGUGAAGCUCUGGGAAGAAGAUGGAGGACCUGACCCGGAUGAUGAAUUGGAUGCUGGCUACACGGACGGGAGCGGCAUGUUCCAGUUGUCCGGAGGAACAGCUGAGCUGACACCAAUUGACCCCGUGUUCAAGGUCUACCAUGACUGUGACGAUGGCAUUAAGCCUGGAUCUCGCAAAGUGAAAUUCUACCUCCCAAAAUCGUACAUCACUGAAGGAAGGACUCCCAAGAAAACAUUCGAUAUUGGUGUUCUCAAUUUGGAGACGAUUUUCCCUGGAGAGGAACGCGAAAUGAUCGUUUCUCGUAUGCGACGUGAUUUCCUCUUCGACGACGAGUAUGACGACUGA